AUUGUUCAUAAACCUCCGAUUUUCAUAUCGGUCAUUUUAAAACAAGAAUCCGAGGAUAUUUAGUGCAGAGACUGAAUCCAGUCACCACAAACCUCAUUACUGAUCCAAAACAUCACUACCGUUUACAGUAUAGCUAUAUACUAAAAUUCUGUCCGUUUGUAACCAAAACACUCCGAAAAUCUCCACUUUGCAUCACAAUUAAUCUCCAUUUGCAUCCACUAGUCUAUCCAAUGUCACUAAUCCUAACCAAACAGCUCGGACGCUUCAGAGUUCAUGCCCUUCGUUUGGCUUCUUUUACCGCUCCAGAUUGCUCACGGUUUGGAGUUGCCACUCUUCGCUUAUCCAGAUACGCCUCCGACAUCAAUGAUCUCCCGGUACACUCCACCCGCAACAUCGGGAUCAUUGCGCACAUUGACGCCGGUAAAACCACCACCACCGAACGCAUGUUGUUCUACUCGGGAACGACAAAACACAUUGGCAAUGUCGACCAAGGUGAUACCGUGACUGACUACCUCCCGGCGGAGCGUGACCGUGGCAUCACGAUCCAGUCGGCGGCCAUUACAAUCCCGUGGAAUGGCAAAAAAAUCAAUAUUAUCGACACGCCCGGGCACGCGGACUUCACGUUCGAGGUCACGCGGUCGCUCCACGUUCUCGACGGUGCGGUCACCGUGCUCGAUGCGGUGGCAGGGGUUGAGGCGCAGACCGAGAAGGUGUGGCGGCAGGCGGCCGCGUUAAACAUCCCCAGCGUCGUGUUUGUUAACAAGAUGGACCGUGAUGGUGCGGGGUUCUCACGGACGGUGAAGGAGGUUGUGUCGAAGCUCCAGACCCGCGUGGUGUUGCUCACCAUUCCGUACUUCCGGAAGGACGCUUCGAACGACUUCAAGUUCUGCGGUGUGGUUGAUGUUCUUGAGAAGAAGCUCCUUGUGUGGGACGGCUCUGAUGACGGCACCAAGGUUGACGUUACGGAGCUAGUUGCUGACCCCGCGGAUCCAGAGAUGGCGGCAUUGUACGAGGAAUGUGCCAAGUGCAGAGAGGCGGCGAUCGAAACGUUGGGUAACUACGACGAAGACUUGAUCGAUGUGUUCUUUGAGACCGAGAACUACAUGGCGGUGCCGGCGCUGGCAAUCCGCACAUCGUUGAAAAAGGCCACGCUCGCACGCUACGCGACGCCGGUGCUCUGCGGUGCCAGUUUCCGCAACAUUGGUGUCCAACCGUUGCUCGAUGCGGUGGUCGAGUACCUUCCGUCGCCGCUCCAGGGAAAGCUUCCGCACGUGGCGCGCGGCGAGACCAUGGGCAAGACGAAAAAGGCAAAGAGGGUCCAAACAACCGUGCCGGUGGCGUUCGAUGCCAAGACUGGUGCUAUGACCAUCAACGACAACGCCAAGUUAUCGCUCUCGCUCGCGUUCAAGGUCAUUACCCACCCCGUCAGAGGCAUCUUGGUGUUUGUGCGGGUCUACUCGGGAAAGCUCAUCUCGGGAUCCAAGAUCAUCAACACACGCACGGGCCAGUCACUCAAGAUUGGCAAGUUGCUCUUAAUGCACGCGGACCAGCCACGCGAGAUCGGCCAGUUGGUGGCCGGGAACAUUGGUGUCAUUACCGGCACCGCAGGUGAGGUCGUUACCGGCGACACCAUCGUGGCGCACGCGGUCACCCGAGACGGGGUGACCAAGCUUCCGAAGGCUGAGCAGGAGUUCAAGCUCAACGCAAUUGAUAUCCCCCCUCCGGUGUACAGCUCUGCCAUCGAGCCCCUCACGUCGGGUGACCGCAGAAGGAUGGAGGAGUGUUUGGAUAUCAUUGUCAGAGAAGACCCGUCGUUGCACGUGAGUGUGGAUGAAAACACCGGGUCCACGUUGAUUUCCGGGAUGGGCGAAUUGCACUUGGAGAUUGUCCGCGACAAAUUGAUCAAAGACAUGAAGGCGCGCGUCGAAAUGGGUGCGGUUGUGGUCACCUACAAGGAAACCAUCACGACCGUGACGGAAACCACCACCAAGGAGCUUCCGUGCGAUGGCUCGACUGCGUCUGUCAGCAUCAGCUUAACCGUGGAGGGCUUUGAAGGUGAGAGCGUGGACAGUGUGUUUGCGGAGGAUGCGAACGCCGUGUUACUCGAGUUGGACAACAAUAUCGUGAUUGUCUCGCCCGAGGGUGCGCCGCAGAAGGUGCAAGAGGCGUUGGCCGGGAACAUCGAAUGGUGUUAUCAGGUCCAGCACAGUGCAAUCAUGAGCGGAAUUGUGUCGGGAGUGACGGCGGCAUUACAGAUCUCCGGCCCGAUCGUCAAGCUCCCGCUCCACUCGGUGGUGGUACGCGUUUCCGAGUGGAACUUGCCGGUGGAAGCGACCAAUCUCAAGGCGUUGCUCACCUGUACGCGUCUUGCAGUGGUGGAGGCCAUUGGCAAGUUACACCGCGACCAGUGCACGUUGCUCGAGCCGAUCAUGGAUGUCAAGGUCCAUGUCAAUGACAGUGACGUUGGUAGCAUUGUGCAGGAUUUGACCGCUGCCAGAAAUGCGGUCAUCGAGUCCAUUGACUCGGAUUCGGAGAAUAAUUUGGAGAGGAUGGCGUGGGCUAAUGAUGAGGCGAGCGGUACGUAUGUGCCGUAUGACCCGACGAUGGCUGUCAUGAAGGGGAAUGACAUUCAUGGGAGGCAGAUUGUGACCGCCGAAGCGCCGUUGAAAGAGAUGUUGGGAUAUUUAAGCAAGCUCCGGAGUUUGACCGCGGGGCGUGGGGCGUUGGCGAUGGAUUACAAGGGGAUGAGAAGGGCGACGAGAGAUAGGGUGGAGUCUAUUUUGAGUCAAUAAGUCUUGUGAAUGCGUAACGCGAACCAAGAUAUGAUAUGGGCGACAUCGUAUAAUACAAUCAUGGUGUCUGUAUUAAACCGAGUUGACAAACUGUAUAUAGCCAAAUAGAUCUGAGGAAUCCAGAUUAAA